UGUCUGAAUCACAUGACUCAUGUUACUACCAGCCAUAUUUCAAAAUGGGGUCAUAAUGUUUGGAAAGAAAAUUUCCUUUAUUUGUGAAAGAUCCCGACAGCAAAAAUGUACUGAAACUAUGUAAUGGUUUUCAGAACAAGCAAAGUUUACUGUAUGAUAUGCAACUCGAAGAAAGAUUAAAACUGCGGAUUUAUCUCACGGAAUGAUCAAGAUGCAGAGGGAGAGGAAUGGACUGUUUCUUGGAGAUGCGUCACACAAAAGUGUGAAUUCAGACCAGCCUCAAUCUUUCUUCAGACGAAAAAUUCUUCCAUUUUUGCACAAGUACUUUCCAAUCACGAAAUGGCUACCAGAAUACAGACUGCGUCAUUUGAUCUCGGACUUCAUAGCUGGGACAACUGUUGGCCUAAUGGUAAUACCACAGGCUUUGGCCUAUGCAUCUUUAGCUGGACUCCAGAACCAAUAUGGAUUGUACUCGAGUUUUAUGGGGUGCUUUAUUUACUGCUUGUUGGGUACAUCAAAAGAUUUAACCAUCGGGCCUACUGCCAUUCUGUCCCUAAUGGUCAACUUGUACGGAAAUCCACAAAAUCCCCCUUACACGGUGACUUUCACUUUUUAUAUUGGCGUUAUUUUGCUGAGCAUGGGGUUGCUUCGUCUUGGAUUUUUGGUGAAAAUGAUUUCAACACCAGUUAUCAGUGCAUUCACAUCGGCAGCUGCUAUUGUGAUAGCUACAAGCCAAGUAAAGGACAUUUUAGGUUUACAUGAAAUCCCCAGAGAUUUUUUCUGGAGCAUUGUUGUCAUGGCUAAGAAGAUCACAUUGGUCAAGCCAUGGGAUAUAUUGUUUGGAGUUUCGUGCAUGCUGAUUUUGAUCUUGUUGAAGCUUCUAUUGAAGUUGAAUUUCAUAAAAAAUUCAUCGACAGAUGAUACAUCAGUUUGUAAAUUAGUGAUAAAGAAAAUUCUUUGGUUUUUUGGAACAGCCAGAAAUGCAAUUGUAGUCUUUAUAUCAAUUAUGAUUGGAUACACACUUUGCAAAGAGAACUUUGAGGAUGCUUUAACAUUAUCAGAUGAUAUUGACUUUGGGCUUCCUCCCUUUGAGAAACCCUAUUUUACAAUUAAAGAGGGCAAUAAAACUAUAUCAGCGGCAGAUAUGCUUGGAAAAUAUGGUAGUGGGUUGGUUGUUGUCCCUUUGAUUGCCUUUCUGGAAAGCAUUGCGAUUGGCAAGGCAUUCAGUAGAAUCAAUGGAUACAAGAUUAUUCCAACCCAAGAACUGAUUGCUCUUGGUGUAGCAAAUAUUAUGAGCUCAUUUGUUUCAUCAUUCCCAGUCACGGGAAGUUUUUCCAGAACAGCUGUCAAUUCACAAAGUGGAGUACAGACACCUGCUGCAGGAAUCUUCACUGGCACUGUGGUGAUAUUGGCAAUCAAAUACCUCACUCCGGCAUUCCAGUACAUACCCAGAGCAUGCCUUGGCUCGAUAAUUAUUUUAGCUGUCUUGCCAAUGGUAGAUUACAAGAUUGUGAAGAAGAUUUGGACUAUCAAAAAGCUUGAUAUUUUACCAUUAGCUUGUACCUUUGUCGCCUGCUUUUACUCCUUGGAAAUAGGGCUACUAAUUGGCAUAGGAAUAUCACUGAUUAUCAUUCUCUAUCCACUGGUAUUUCCAAGAAUUGAUUUGGAUGAAAAGGAGAUCACGGUAUUAAAAGUCAACAAUGGUAUUGCAUUUUGUGGUGCAGAGCACCUUACAGAAAGCAUUGAAAACUUGGUCAAAUCUCCAGAGAAACCAAUUAUGAUUCUUUUGGAUUUUUCUGGGGUCACAGAAAUGGACUUUACUGUGAUAAAUGAGCUUGCUGCUAUCUUCUUGGAAACAAAAUUUGCAGGAAUUGAAAUUUAUGUAAGCAAUCUCAGGUUGAAUGUACGCCAGUUGUUUUUCCAAGCUGAGCUUCAAGACUUUAUUGCACGAACCUCUCUUGAAAUAGACAAUGAGCGUGCCUCAUUGAUUUGAUUUAAUUUACAAAGUUUGAUUUUUGAUAUUUCUGAUUUAUUUACUGUUUUGGGAAUACUCUGAUAUAAUUAUAGUAAUAGAAGUUCAUCACAAAAAGGUUUUGAUAUGUGAACAUUUACCAUAAGAAUUACCAUGAUUUUGUAAUUUUCCAUUUUUAAGGUUGGUUGUUGUUUUUGUAAAAAGAAUAUGCCACAAAUAUGCCCUAUUUCUAGAUUUACAGACCAUGAAGUUAAUUUUUUGAAAAAAGCUAUAUUGGAAAACUGGUCUUUUUACAAGUGUUGACAUACCAUCAAGAACAAUUUAAGAAAAUAGUUAGGGAAUAUAUUUAGGCAACACCUUUUGUGUUGACGAUUCAACAGUGUUGUCAAUGAUAAAAGAAAUAAAGUUUGUUUUCUGAAAACUUUUUGUUUGUUUUUUUCUGUCAAAAGGAAAAUCAUUAAAGUUAUGUUAAAUUAUUUGUCGAAACGUAAAAUUAUCUCAUUCUUUACAACCAAGCUAUUAGUGCAUUUCAGAACAAUUAUUUUUACCUCCAAUUUGUAGCUUGUUAUUAUUCAUUUGCAAUCAUUCAGUUUAUAAUUUGUUUUGAUGUUUAUACAAUUAUGCAAAAUGUUUUUAAUAAGCCUUUUUAAUUAAGGUAGAAGAUUUUAUAUAAGUUAAGAUAAGAAUUUAAAAAUUUAAGAGUUUUAGUUUAAUAGUUUUAAGAGUUACAAUUUUUGUCUUUUGUAGACGGAAGUAGUUAAUGCUGAAGGCAUAUUUCAUGUCCAAAGAAUGUGUUUAUUGUUAAGAGUAGUACAUAAUGAUAAUAAAUAAUAUUUUAGUCAACUCACUUAAAUGCAUGUAGCAUGCUUAUAUAUUUUGAUAACCUGUCUAGAUCUAUAUAGUUAUUUGUUAUCUCCCCUAAUGGUUUGAAAAACAUCUAAUGAUUAACUGUUGAUAAAUGAUUGAAUUUUUUUUAAUGUUUUGCAGGAGCAAUGAGUGAGAUUGUAUCAAAAUUUAUAAA